AAAUUGCUUAGAAUUUUCUCAGAGCCUAUUUUGGUUCAUAAGUCUAUAGAUUCCCUAUGUUGACUUGUCUUCAACCCUUGCAAUAGUCAUUUUGAUUCACAUAAUUGCACAUUGGUCUGAGUGAAAGAAACAAAAUGAAAAUUCAAGCAAGAUACAGCAAAUCAAUGGAGGAUAAACUCCAUGAACCUUUAAUUCUUCUCCUUUUUCUGGUCCUUUUCUCAUCUUAUCAACUACCCUCUUCAGCAUACACUCUUCCAGACAAGUAUUUCAUCAACUGUGGAUCAAACAUCAACUUAAAUAUCACUUCUCGGACUUAUGUUGGUGACAUGAAUCCUGGUCUUGUCUCCUUUACCAAACAGAACAGUUAUUUCACUAACAACAAGCAGGCACUCAAAACAUCCCCAGCUCUAUAUCGAACAGCAAGAAUUUUCAGGCAGAAAUCUUCAUACGUGUUCAAAAUCGACAGAAACGAUCCUUACCUGGUACGCCUUCAUUUCUUCGGUUCGAAAAAACUCUGGGCUGCUGUUUUCGAUGUUUUAGUUCCUGGUUUCCAGCUCUUGCAUAAUUUCAAACUCCAAAACAGUAGCAACACUGCUGUCAUAAAGGAAUUUAUUUUAAGCAUUCCUGUAAGUGAAUUUUCAAUCGACUUUGUACCUCAAGGACCUUCUUUCGCAUUCGUAAAUGCGAUCGAGGUCUUUCCAGCUCCUCCGGGCUUCAUUAAUGAUGAAGAUAAAAAUGGUUACAAAGGAAUACUCUCUCAACCUUUACAAACAAUUCAUAGGAUUAAUGUUGGUGGCCCUUCCCUUACACCAAAAAAUGACACUUUAUUGAGAAAAUGGCUUCCCGAUGACAGUUAUCUGUAUCAUGAAGGCGCUGCAAAGGGGAGCCAAGUCCUACUAGUUAAACCUACUUAUUUGGCCCCUUUUAACCAAUUUAUUGCACCAGAUCUUGUAUAUAUGACUGCCAAAGAGAUGAAUAUAAGUACCACCAGUAUGGUGUCAGAAAACUUCAACAUAACAUGGUCCUACAAUGUAACUCCAAAUGCCCAGCACUUGGUUCGGGUUCAUUUCUGUGACAUUGUUAGCUCUUCACAGAGUAAGAUACGGUUUCUUCUCUAUAUAGGUAGCUACUUGAGCCAGGAAAUCGAUCCUUAUAAAAGAAUGGGGCGAUUGGCAACUCCAUUCUUCGUCGACUUUGUGGUUGAUUCUGAUGAUUCAGGACUCAUGAACAUCUCCAUAGGGCCUGAUAGUAGUUCUUCGGUGAAAAAUGCCUUUCUGAAUGGGGUUGAGAUAAUGGAAAUGAUGAGAGAAUCCGAGUUUGUUAAGCCCAAGCAGAAGUCUGUCUUUGUUAUUGUCGGUCCGUUCCUUGGAGGUCUAGUUCUUGUCUGCAUCUUCGGAGGUCUGUUGUUUAUCAGAUUGCGCUGCAGGAAGUCUGAGUCCGUUGGAACUUCGAAAUGGCCAUCAUUCACUGCAUAUAAAGGAAGUGCGCCCAGUAAUAAGAUGUCUCAACAGUCAUCACCGAGCAGAGAAGGCACCACCAAUGCCUCACCUGUCCUUGAUUUGUAUCUGGGUUUGAAGAUACCAUUUUUCGAGAUUCAAUUAGCCACAAGCAACUUCGACACGAAGUUGCAUAUCGGUAAGGGUGGAUUUGGUAAUGUUUAUCGAGGAACUCUUAGAACUGGUGUGAAAGUGGCUGUCAAACGAAGUGAGCCAGGGUCAAGUCAAGGCAUCCCGGAAUUUCAGAUGGAGAUCAUGGUUUUAUUCAAAAUUCGCCAUCGCCAUCUUGUUUCCUUGAUCGGAUAUUGUGACGAAGGGUUGGAGAUGAUACUGGUGUAUGAGCUCAUGGAGAAAGGAACCCUAAGGGAACACCUAUAUAACUCAAAACUGCCUUGCUUGUCUUGGAAGCAAAGGCUUGAAAUAUGCCUCGGUGCAGCAAGAGGAAUUGACUACCUUCACAAAGGUGCAACUGGGGGUAUCAUUCAUCGAGAUGUCAAGUCAACAAACAUCUUGCUUGAUGAGAACCUUGUAGCCAAAGUAGCUGACUUUGGCCUUUCAAAAUCAGGUCCUCCUGGUCAUACCCAUGUUAGCACGUUUGUUAAAGGAACUUUUGGUUAUCUUGAUCCAGAGUACUUCAUGACACAGCAGCUGACACAAAAAUCCGAUGUUUUUUCAUUCGGUGUGGUUCUUCUCGAGGUGCUAUGUGCAAGGCCAGCUAUCAAUCCUACACUUCCAAGAGAGCAAGUGAACCUAGCCGAAUGGGGAAUGUUUUGCAAGAAGAAAGGACUGCUCGACCAGAUUGUUGAUCCAUCAGUAAAAGCUCAGAUCAACCCCAACUCUUUAAGAAAAUUUGUGGAGAUAGCUGAGAAAUGUCUGCAAGAAUAUGGUGCUGAUAGGCCUAGCUUGAGUGAUGUGGCAUGGGACUUGGAGUAUGCUUUACAGCUUCAGCAAAGUGCAAUUGUUGGAGAGCCAUACGACAGCACCACUGGGGCUUCGAGCUUGUUAUGGUCGUCCAUUAUCCGGUGUUUGCCGUCAGUUACUUCUGAAUUCUAUAGUGAUGAAAUGGCCAUUUUAGGGGAGGCUGAAAUUGGCACUGUUUUCUUAUCCUAGAGAUUUCUAUUGAACUUCUAGACUUUGUUUAUAAUCUUAUGAUGGUCAUAUGCCUUAGAAUGCCUAAUUUACCAUUUUUACUCAUUGAUCUUACCUUACCAAAGAGCAAUAAGAGAAGUCUUUUGGAUGAAA